ACGCCCGGCUAACGUAAGCGUUGCUAGUCGGAAGAAGAAGCCGAUUCUGGAAGCCAUUACGUUGCGCACUGAAGUUGAGUAAAUCCUACUAUUUUUACGUACAAUACGCAGAAUCACCUGCGGAUUUUUCGGAGGUGUUUUCUGUCGCGAUGGCUUCUGCCGCCAAAAAGAGAAAGAUGAACUUCUCCGAGCGGGAGGUGGAGAUCAUCGUGGAGGAGAUCGAGAAACAAAAGCACACUCUGGUCAGCCACUUCAACGCGGGAGUCACGCACAUGGCCAAGAACAGCGCGUGGCUGGACAUCCUGAAGAAGGUGAACGCCGUCACCACCUGUCCGCGCGAGCUGCCCGAGGUCAAGAAGAAGUGGUCCGACAUGAAGACCGAGGUCCGCCGGAGGGUGGCCCAGGCCCGGGCCGCCAUAGAAGGCACCUCCGCAGACUGCGCCCCGGUUCCGGUCAUCCUCACCGCCAUGCAGCAGCGGAUCUGCAACCUGCUGGGAGAGGCCACCAUCAUCAGCCUACCUGCCGGGGAGGCGGAGGCGGAGCUUAGCUUACCUGUGACGGUGAGCGCGGCGACCACCGUCACUCUGACUGAAGCUCUUCCAGCUGCAGGAUGUGAGCAGGUCAAGCCUCUGAACGCUGAGACCACCUACCACACCCUGGAGGACGGGGGCGUGGUGGAGUACUGCACCACCACGGUCACAGACUCCGCCCCCACCGUGGUGACGGCGGUGGAGACCCCCGUGGAGCUGCUGGCCUCGGCCUCCCCGGCGCCGGCCUGCGGGUCCAAACCCCAGGAGCUGAAGAGCCGGAUCGCCCUGAACUCGGCCCGCCUGCUGCAGGAGCAGCGCGUCACCAACGUGCACGUGCGUCAGGUGGCCCAGCACCUGGAGGGCCAGAACGAGCUGCUGCAGAUGAUGCGGCGCUGCCAGGAGGCCCAGGCGCUGGCUCAGGAGCGCCAGGCCCAGGCCCUGGAGGGGACCCAGGCUGCGCUGCUGGCGCUGGUCCAGAUGCUCAGACCCGUCCUCAAGGACCUGAGGAAGUUCCUGCAGAGCGGCUCGGCGUCAGGACCAACGGCAGACGGGACCGAGGAGCAGAACCGACCCAGAACACCUCCACGACCACAACAGACUGAGCCAGAACCGAGCCAGAACUCCAACAGCUUCACCUCGGACUGAACCAGAACCGAGCCAGAACUCCUCAGCACCAGGCCAGGCUCUGACAGUGAGCUCUGGGUCGGGUUCAGAACCGGACCCGUCAGUAGAACCUGUUCUGUUUGUUUAUUUAAUGAAGUGUUUUAAUGUACACAUGAUGAACAGGAAGUGACUGAAACUGUUUCCUGCUGCAGCUUUUUUUAUCACAUAAACCAGUUUGUGCUGCAGUUCUGAUGGGAACCAUCAGGGGGCGCUGCGCUCCAAACACCAGAACCAAACUGAGAUAAAAAAUAAUUUAUACUUGAAUUGUUCUUAUAAAUAAAAACAUUUUAUACAAAUGUGUCAAAUUAAA